UUGGUCAUACAUAGUCUUCACCCCACCGUUCCUAAAUCCAAUUUAGACACUAGCCCAAUCUUCCCAAUUUUUUUUCUAACAACCAUCACAAUGCUUCCUUCAAUUCUCUCUUCUCCUUCAUCCUCUACUUUCCCACUCAAAUAUUCAAUUCCUUCUUCAUCCUUAACCACUUCUUCACCAUUACUACCACCACUUACCAUUAGAUACAAUUCAAGUGAAAGACCAAAAUACCACUACUCGUUAAAAGUUCAAGCCAUGUCUUCAUCAUCACGGAUGAUUGAGAAGGAAACACCCGAAACUGAACGCCCACACACAUUUCUACGAGAAUCCGAUGAAGGUUCUUCAGGGGAUGAUUCAUCAAAGUCGAAUUCGGUUAGAGCGCGUUUCGAGAAGAUGAUUCGAGAAGUACAGGACAGUGUUUGUUCUGCUUUGGAAGCUGUGGAUGGAGGGGCUAAAUUCAAGGAAGAUGUUUGGUCGAGACCUGGUGGUGGUGGUGGCAUUAGUAGGGUAUUGCAGGAUGGAGAUGUUUUUGAGAAGGCUGGUGUUAAUGUCUCUGUUGUUUAUGGUACUAUGCCUCCUGAAGCUUAUCGAGCUGCUAGGCCAGUUGACAAUGGAAAUGCUAAACCUGGUCCUAUCCCCUUUUUCGCUGCUGGGGUUAGCUCGGUUCUGCAUCCAAAGAACCCCUUUGCACCAACUGUACAUUUUAAUUAUCGCUACUUUGAGACUGAUGCUCCUAAAGAUGCUCCAGGAGCACCUAGGCAAUGGUGGUUUGGAGGUGGUACUGAUCUGACACCUGCUUACAUUUUCGAGGAGGAUGUGAAGCACUUCCAUUCGGUGCAAAAAGGUGCUUGUGACAAAUUUGAUGCUAGUUUCUACCCUCGUUUCAAGAAGUGGUGUGAUGAUUAUUUCUAUAUAAAGCACCGUGGUGAGAGGCGGGGUCUUGGAGGAAUAUUUUUUGACGAUUUAAACGACUAUGAUCAGGAGAUGCUUCUCUCCUUUUCUACAGAGUGUGCUAACUCCGUCAUUCCAGCAUAUAUUCCUAUCGUAGAGAAGAGGAAGGAUACACCAUUCAAUGAUGAACACAAGGCAUGGCAACAAUUGCGGAGAGGACGCUAUGUUGAAUUCAACUUGGUUUAUGACCGUGGAACUACAUUUGGUCUCAAGACAGGCGGUAGAAUUGAAAGUAUUCUUGUUUCUCUUCCAUUAACUGCACGUUGGGAGUACGACCAUCAACCAGUAGAGGGGUCUGAAGAAUGGAAACUCUUGGAUGCUUGUAUCAACCCUAAGGAAUGGAUCUGUUAGUACCAAAUCCAUGUAAAAUUUACUUGUUUUGGUCUUCUAUAUUUUGUCCUCUUCCCAUGUCUUUGAUUAGAUUUCUUCUUUUUAGUUGGGGGUCGUGUUGAGGGGGUUGAGGAAAGGUUUGAAAUGGUUGAUGUAGAAAUGUGUUAGGAUUCAUGAUAUUACUAAAAGUGAGGCUUCUAACCUAAAUAUGAUGAGAGGAAAGUUUGUUA